AUGGAGAGCACGAACCCUACGAGCCAAGAGCUGGGUGAGGGUAGCGGAACGGGAUCAGCUGGACUGCAGCUGCAGCGGGCCGUGUUCAUCAAUGAGCCCUCUACGUACGUGCACCAGAGGCUCAUGCUUGCUUUCCAGAAGCGGAAGGACUGGCGCAUCGUCGAAUCAGCGGCCGACGAAGCGUUGGACGUGCAAUGGGACGUCUACGAGAACGUCGACUGGGACCGCGUGCUGAAGGGCCGCCUCAUGGCCAACUUCUACUGCUUCCGCAAGGGUCUCACGCGAAAGGCACAGCUCGCGUUCUACCUCAAGAAGUAUUGUAGCAAGCGACCCAGCUCGCCCCUGGUGCCGUGCGUGCCCAAGACCGUCAUCCUGGACAUCAACCCGGAGCAGGUAGACUGGUGCUUGGUCGACGCCAGGGAGGCCUUCGAGGAGGAGAAAGAACGGACCGGCAAGACUGGGUUGUGGAUUCUGAAGCCGUCGCUGGGCGAUAAGGCCGCAGGCAUCAUCAUCCUUAACAACCUCAAGAAACUCAAGGAGACGGUUAUGAAGGACAAGGACCUGGUCGAGUGGGUGCUGCAAAAGUAUGUCGAGAAGCCGCUGCUCGUCAACAAAAAGAAGUUCCACCUCCGAGUGCACGUUCUUGCCGUCGGCAGGUUGAAGGUGUAUGUGCAUGAGGACGUGAUUGCGCUGAUCGCCAUGGACGACUACAUCAUUCCCGAGAAACCAAAGGAACCAGACGCCCCGGUGGCUGAGCCGACGGAGUCGGUUCAAGAGGAGGAGCCUAAGGAAGGCGCCAGCGGGCUGAGCAAAAAGGCGCAAAAGAACGCGAGAAAGAGGGCCAACAGAAAGAAGAACCAGAGGGAGCGCAGGAAGGCCGAUGAAGAGGACAUGCCCGAGCUUUCCCUCUACGGCCACAUCACCAACUCGUGCCUGCAGAGGGACCACCCGGGCUUUGACGAAGACGCAACCGCGGUGAAGACGAUCUGGGAACGAGUCAAGGUGAACGUCAAGGAGACGUUUGCGGCUUUCAGGGGUAACUGA